AUGGAAAAGCGCUUGAGCGAAGUCAGUGAGGUGCUUGAGCCGGCGACGCGUACGGCUGGUCUCCUGCCGACGUCGACGGACCUCGACUUUUACUGCUCGAUUGAUCCGGGCGUGAAGCAGGCGCUUGAUGGCGUGAGUGGUGACUUGGACGACGUGCUAAGCACGAUGACGGCGUGGAUGGGUAGUGAGAGGCAGAGGAUGGACAGUAUGAUGGAUGCCGCAUCAUUUUCGGCACAGGCUGGCGAGACGAUCGAUCGGCUGCUGGAGCGCACGGACGUGUAUUUGGACGAGUAUGCCGGGCGGCGGCCGAUCGCCCCAAAGGACGAGCCGGUGGUGCCGAGCACGGGCAAGCUACCGAAGAGUCUGCUGUUUCCCAAGAUACCAAAGCCGCAGGAUGCGUUCUCGCGGCGUCCUGACAAUCGCGCGUGUGCGCCAUGGACGAGGCAGCUGCGCUUCGGCAAGCCGAAUGCUCGUGUGCCGCUAGGAUGGCGCGAUCCGGCGUGGGACAUGCCUGAGCACGCGACAGUAGAGGGGCAGUAUGGGACAGAGGGUGAUGCGCGUCUGAAUGCGUAUUAUGUUGAGAUCCAGCAGACGCCCAUUCCUGCCUCUGCCUACCGCGUUGAUGAGCCGAGGGCGCCGGAGCCGCUCGAUCUUGACGAGCCGGAUGCAUCGCUGACGUGGGUCGACUCGCUCGAUAAGCUGCAUGCGCUGGCGGCGCAUCUGGAAGAGGCACGAGUGACUGAGAUCGCCAUUGACUUGGAGCACCACAGCCAUCGGACCUACUUGGGUCUUGUGUGUCUCAUGCAGAUUAGCACGCGUUGGGGCGACUGGAUCGUCGAUACGCUCGUGGACGAGGUGCGUGAGCAUGCUGAGAUGCUGAAUGCGUCCUUCACGCAUCCUGACAAGGUGCUUGUGCUGCACGGAGCCGACCACGACAUCCUAUGGCUGCAGCGUGACUUGGGUCUGUUUGUCACCAACCUGUUUGACACGUUCCAAGCUGCGCGUGUGCUGCAGUUUGGCAGUCUGAGCCUUGCGUACCUGCUGCUGCGCUAUACGGGCUUUGAGGCGGACAAGCGCUUCCAAACGGCUGACUGGCGCAUUCGGCCGCUGCCCCGCGAGAUGCUGUUCUAUGCCCGCAGUGAUACGCACUCGCUCCUGUAUGUGUACGACUGUCUGCGUCUGGACCUUGAGCGGUAUGCGGGACACAGUGCGAUCACCGACGUGUUUGAGCGGAGCAAAGCGACGGCGUCCAAGACAUAUAUCAAGGUGCCAUGGGAUGCGCAGGGCGACUCGCGAAAUGGAUGGCGAACGCUGUGGCUGCGACUUGGCGGUGAUCUCGCGCGGGCCGCCCAAGACGCGCCACCUGGCACGCCGCUGAGCCGUGAGGAGCGUAUUCUGCGGCGCCUGCAUCAGUGGCGCGAUGAAAAGGCUCGAGAGGACGACGAGAGGCCGGCGUUUGUUCUGAGUGACGAGGUGCUGAUUAGUCUUGCGCUGCGUCCGCCGCUGACGCUGCCUGAGGCGCAUACGCGCACGCCGAUGCGUUUGCGCAAGUCUGUGCAGCGGAUGCAUGAGCUUGUGGAUGCUGUGAAAGCAGAAUGGGAGGCUUACCAGGCAGGUCUGCAGCCGUCGAUGCCCAAGACGGACGUGGCAGUGGACGAAGACCUCGGAGAGCGGUAUGUGAGAGACGAAGAAGGAUGGACAGAGGCGGGCGUGCAGGUAGGCGUGUGGGAUGCCCAGGCACCACAGAGCAGGGCAGAUGCUCAGCUGUUCCGUGGACUGCACGUAUCGUCGCAGGCGGCACCAAGCACGAAGCGCAAGUCGCUUUUCGAGAUGCCGUCUGCGCGGACGCCGUCGCAUGCUGCUGCGACGCUGCGGCGGAUCCAGUCGGAGUUUGUGCAGCGGCUCGGUAGUCUGGUCGGGCGUGGGCCUGAGAGGGCUGGGGAGCCUGAGGAACCUGAGGAGCCCGUGAAGCCUGAGGGGCCCGUGGAUGAGAAGCCCGUGGAUGAGAAGCCCGUGGAACCCGAGGACGCUGCGCCAAUACCACCCGAGGCGCACGAGACGACAGUCGUCAAGCACGAUAGAGACAAGGAUGAUGAUGGCAUUGUGCGUGUCAGCAAACACAUCAAGGUACGAGCACCCAAGACGAAAAAGAGCCAAGCGGCGCCUGUGCCGUUUGAUUACGCACAAGCCACGAGUGUGCUGGAUGCACCGCGGUCAGGCUCGGAGGCCUCGCUGCUGGCUCCCACAAAGGCAGCCGCCGAGCCGCGCGGUGCACGGCCCAAGAACCUCAAGCGCAGCGGACAACGCAGUGGGACAUUCGCACGACGUAACAAGUAA